AUGAACACGCAAGGCCAAGCACAGAGAGAAAAAAGCGCGGAAGAGAGACAUUUUUUCGUAAAUGCCUCCCUGGAGAAAGUGCACAAUAAUUUGAAGCAUCCAGAGGAAAACUAUCCCAGGAAUAUAAUACGGAACCAGAAGUACUCUCUAAUUACAUUUAUUCCUUUGGUUUUUGCGCAGCAGUUGAAGCAUUUCCUAAACAUAUUCUUCAUCCUCGUGAUGGUGCUGCAGGGAUUUCCUGCUGUUCGCGUGUCCCACCCGCUGACUUCGGUCUUCCCGUGGGCGCUUGUGCAGAUAUUCGUCUACAUAAAGGAGGGAAUCGACGACCACAAAAGAUACAGGCGAGACAAAGAGGCAAACAGAAAACAGUGCACGAAGUACACGGCGUCCGGGCCUGUGAAAGUGCCUGCUUCUGAGCUGGCAGUUGGAGACUUGGUCGUCGUGGGGAAGAACGAGAGAGUCCCUGCGGAUGCGAUGCUUCUAAAAACAGAGGAGGCGUCUGGGUCCAUCUUUGUGAGGACCGACCAAUUGGACGGAGAGACCGACUGGAAGAUCAAAAUGGGGCAAAAUGUAUUUCAGGCAGAGACGGACUUCGACAGCAUCGCGCAAAAGUACUUUGAAGUAGUUGCAGAGCCCCCCAGCAAGGAAAUAUACUCUUUCAGCGGAAAACUGUACGUGGACGGGAUCCAGUACAAAGUCCACGAAGACAACAUGCUGUGGAUGAACAUGGUGAUAGCCAGCGGGACUUCGCUGUGCGUGGUCGUUUACACGGGGAAAGACACGCGCGCAGUGAUGAACACGACAAAGGCCAGAAACAAGUCCGGCCUUAUAGACAGCGAGCUGAACUUCUACACAAAAAUUCUGUGCAGUGUUUCCCUUGUUUUCAGCAUUCUUUUUAUGCUUAUGCGGGGGACGUAUUCUAUGUGGUAUAUUGCGCUCGUGCGGUUUAUUAUUAUAUUUUCCACGGUCAUUCCUAUAAGCCUGCGGGUGAACAUAGACUGGGCCCGGCUGGUCUACGCCCGAAGAAUAGAGAGCGACAAAGAGAUGUCUGUUGUGGUCAGAAACAGUAAUAUACCCGAAGAACUCGGGCGGAUUUCGUACCUGCUGACAGACAAGACAGGAACACUCACCAGGAACGAAAUGGAGAUCAAGAAGAUGCACACGGGAGGGCUUUGCUACACCCCGGACUUCAUACAGGAGAUGCAGGAAAUAACUGCCAGCCCAAAACUCCCUGCAGACUACGCGGCAUGCGACCUGCUGGUUGCAAUGUGCCUCUGCAACAACGUGAUUCCGUACAUGGAAAACAACGAAAUAGCGUAUAUCUCGUCGAGUCCAGACGAAAUUGCAAUGGUGAAGUGGGCGGAGCGUGUGGGAAUUACUCUGUGGGGGCGAGGCCCUGGGUGGGUCGAAGUCAAGAUGCAGUCCGGCAUAAAAAGGUACGAGGUUUUGCACACGAUCCGGUUCACCAGCGAGAGAAAGUCCAUGGGCGUCGUCAUAAAGUCGGGCGAAGAAAUCCAUUUGUACAUGAAAGGAGCAGACACUGUGAUGGGCAAGCUCGUCCUGGUAAAAGACUGGAUGGAAGAGGAGGCGGAGUGCAUGGCAAAGGAGGGCCUGCGCACGAUGGUUUUCGGGCGCAGGACAGUCACGGAAAAAGAGGCAGAAGAGCUCAGAAAAACCCACACAAUAACGGAAAGCGGCCUGGACCUUUUGGGGGUGACGGGCGUGGAGGACAAGCUGCAAGACGGCGUGAUGGUCUCCUUAGAGACGCUGCGGAAUGCGGGGAUUAAAGUGUGGAUGCUGACGGGAGACAAAGUGGAAACAGCAAAGUGCAUAGCCGUUUCUUCUCGCCUGUUCUCAAAGUACAGCAAAAUCCUGACCGUUACAAACUUAGUCACGCGGCAGGAUGCAGACAUUGCGCUGAAAAGAAUCCAGAAGGAAAAGGGCUGCCUGGUCAUUGACGGAGGCAGUCUGCGCGUUCUGAUGGACCAGUAUAAAGUAGCAUUUAUACAGGCAAUUGCAGGAAUGUCUUCGGUUGCCUUCUGCAGAUGCUCGCCCACGCAGAAAGCAGAAAUAGCCCAGGCCGUGUCCAGGAUCAUAAAGAAGCGGGUGUGCUGCAUUGGAGACGGGGGAAACGACGUGAGCAUGAUCCAGCAGGCAGACGUUGGAAUUGGAAUUGUGGGGAAAGAGGGCCGGCAGGCUUCGCUGGCAGCUGACUUCAGCAUAAACGAGUUCAAGUCCGUCAUCGACCUUAUUCUGUGGCACGGCCGAAACUCAUACAAAAACACGGCUAAGCUCGCCCAGUUCAUAAUCCACAGGGGAACUGUCCUGGGGGUGGCGCAGGGCAUAUUCUCGUCGCUAUUUAACUUUUGCCCAAUCUCCAUCUACCAGGGAAAAAUAUCGAUCGGAUAUGUCACCUUCUACACGUUUUUGCCCGUCUUCAGCAUUGUUCUGUCCACGGACAUGACAAAGCGGGUCUCCAGAAAGUUCCCAGAGCUGUACUCAGACAUCUCGAACGGAAGCGUGCUAAACAACAACACGUUUAGCAUGUGGAUGUUCAUGGGGUACUACCAGGGCGUGGUGAUUAUGGUGCUGUCUCUCUUUUUCUUUGAGAGCGUGCUAAUUCAGCUCGUGAGCAUAACUUUCUCGUGCUUGGUGCUGAACGAGCUUCUGAUGGUCUUUUUGUGCGUGGGGAAAGUGCACAGCAUGAUGAUAAUCGCACAGGGCUUGUCCAUUCUUAUGUAUGUUAUGAGCUUCCGGCUUCUUUCUGACGAGAUACAGGUCCCAAGGGAGUGGGCCAGAUUCCUCCUGCAGAUACUCGCUGUCAAUAUGGUGGCAAUCCUGCCAGCAAUCGUGCAGUGGGCUUGGAGGCUCUGGAUGAACCCGCCCAGCUAUAGGAAGAUCCAGGCAGCAUACAGCUAUUAA